AUGUCUACUAAAACUCCAAUAAACGAUUCGACUUUAAAUCCAGAUGAUCUAUUUGUAAAAUAUACAAUUCCUGAAGUAAGAGCUUUAGAACAAAAAACUAGAUCUGAUGUUGAAAAAAUGAAACAAGAAUUAAGACAAAUGGUUGGUGAAAGGUACCGUGAUUUAAUUGAUGCGGCUGAUAGUAUCGUAAACAUGCGUCAUUGUGCCAUAUCAAUUCAACAAGAAUUAAUAAAUAUGCAAGAUUCUUGUGAUGUCGACACUUUAAAAAGAUCUGUUAGAUCCCAGAUUGAUGAGGGUAAAAAAGGAAUUAAAGAUGGAAAAAAGCAUUAUCAUUAUACUGCAGCUGCACAAAUAAAGCUACUCGUGGAUGUACCUGAGCAAAUUUGGCGUUCACUGGAAAAUCACAAAUAUUUAAAUGCUAGCCGUUUAUAUCUUAUUGCCAGAUUAGUUUAUAAAAAUCUUCAAGUUCAAAAUGAUGAUGUUCCUUUUAAUAUUUCGGUAACAUUUCCUGUGGUUCAACGCCAAUGGGAUGCAGUCAGUCAUUUUAAAUCACAAAUUCUUCAAAAAGCAACACAAUAUCUAAAAGCCAUAAAUCAAACUGAACAGAGUUUAGCGGAGACUUUAUGUGCAAUUAUGUUGUUGGACGAUAUAACAAAAAAAGAUGUAUUUCAUAUGUUUCUUGAUAGAAGAACUUUUGUUUUAAUGGAAAUACUUGAAAAUUCAUCUACAAAAAAUUUAAAAGUAUUAGUGCAACAAUUCAAAGAGAUGAUUAAUGUAAUUAAAAACACUGUAUAUUCUAUUGGAAUGGUUUUUAUUCAAAACAAUUACGAUGAUAAAUCAUUAUUUGAAUCUUAUCUUGAACAAUUACAAAAAGGCUUUACAAUUUAUAAUGAAUCCACUACUAUUCAAUCACCAGUUUCUAUGGUUUCGCCUAGAGAUUCUAAAAUGUCUCUUACGAGACUAUAUUCUCCAUCAACCAACAUUCAUCUUUUAUUGCGCUACCUUCCUGAAUCGAUUCAAACUUUUACUCCAUCUUUGCUUCUAACUGGACAAAAAGGUCAAUUCUCACAAGAUGAUAUUAAGAAUAAGAUAAAUAUUUGGUUGGAUCAUAUAAUAGAAAAUUUUCAAUAUAAACUUAUUUUUAUUUUGGAUAAUGUUUCAAGUGCCAAAGAAUUAAACGAAUUACGAAAUCAUAUUUGGGGAUUCUUAAAAGAUGAUGAAAUUACUAAAUUAGAUAAUCAAUCGUCAACUAAAAAAACUCACAGUAGUAGAGCUCAUAGAACAAGUCUAGGGUUUGUGUUAAAUCUCCAAAAAAUAAAUCGUUCUUGGAAUAUUGCUUGCAAUAUAGUUUUUGGAAAAUAUUUUUCUAUCUGGAAUGAUUUGUUAAGACAAAGUUUUAACAAUAGAUUUCAAAAUAUAAUACAAACCUCUUUUUUGGAACUUUCUGAACAGCCAGAAAAGUUACUAAAAGAUAAAUUGCCGUAUUUAGAUAAUUCAGAUAAUGAAGAUUGUCAUUUAGGAAAUUUUAUUUGGACCAAAGUCCCCACAUUACUUAAACAGGAAAUCAACCAAAACACCGCAACAAAAUUCAAAAAUUAUAUAGAACGUUUUGCAUCUGGUCAAACUAGUUAUGUUAAUGAUGCUAAAAUAGCAUUUGACAAAAUAUUAAAAAACAUCCGAGAGGAUUUAGAGCCAGUUUUCUUACUUUUGAAAAAAAAUCAGCUUGAUUUAUUUUCAGAGGAUUAUAAUGAAAAGAACCUGUUUCAUUCUUUAAGAUUACCAUCACAGCCAUCUACAGAUUUAAUGAAUUGUUUAUUUAAUGUUUGUCAAGAUUUAUAUAAAGUUGGUAGUUCAACUUUACAUGAAAUCUUUCACCAAUAUAAAUCAUUUAUAGUAAAUUCAGAAAGCUUUUCAAAUCUAUCUGAAAAAGGAGCAAUUCAAUUAUUGUAUGAUGUAAAAUUUUUGAUUAAAGUAUUUGAAGGAUGUUGGGCCCUUGUUCAACAAGAAAACGAAGAUGAUGAAAAUAUUGAUUAUAAUAAACUAUUUAAAGAAAAAGAAGAAAUUGUUGGUUAUAUCUUAAAAAAUAUCAAACAAAAGAUUGAUCCAAUUGAUUUAGCAAUAUUUGAAUCUUACCUGAAUAAAAAUAUUGAAAGACAUUAUACAAGAAGUUCAAUCAUGCUGGGAUUAUUAUUUCAACUCAAUCCUAAAGUUACAGACAUGUAA